AUGAACCACUCAGCUGAGCUGUCUUCUUCAGAGGAAAUGGCUCCUGAGGAGUUUGACGGUGGGACAGCAGUGGCUUGUGUGAUCCUGGGUCUAUCCUUCCUGGUUGGGGCUCCGGGGAACCUGUUGGUGAUCUGGACUAUCCUGAGACAUGUCAAGCAGCGUUCCCACACUGUGGUGCUCAUCCUGCAUCUGUCUAUUGCAGACCUGCUCGUUCUUAUCACCCUGCCUUUGUGGAUCUACUCCCUGGCCCAAUCAUGGGUGUUUGGGGAAGCCUCCUGCAAAGCCAUGGUGUACAUGAUCAACGCCUGUAUGUACAGCAGCGUAUUUUUCAUUACUCUCAUGAGUGUGGAGCGUUUUGUUGCGGUGCGUUAUCCCUUUGCCUCAGCUGACUGGAAGAGGAAAAAAGCACUGAGUAAAGUACUGCUGGCCUUGUGGACUGCAGCCUUCUUGUUCAGCAUACCUGUCAUCCCAACCCAGAUUGUAGGUAAUGAUUCUGGUGAGGAGCAUUGUCUGUACAGGCUGUACACCUCGCCGACCCAGGAGUGGGUGUGUGUGCUGCUCGAGACACUGGUUGGCUAUGUCUUACCCUUCUCCAUCCUAGUGGUCUGCUACGGCUGCCUGUGCAGCCGGAUUACUCAGAUGACCUUCAAGUCCAAGCGCAAGUCUACAGUCCUGAUCGCCAGUGUGGUCGUGGUGUUUGCCAUUUGUUGGACGCCUCAUCACAUAGGAAAUAUCCUCUCACUCAUCAUCCUGGCCCUUGAGGACUCCCCCAAUGUAGCAGAGAGGUUGGAGAGUGCCAGGGUUACCAUGACCUUCAUCGCUGGAGCCAUGGUCUUCAUCAGCAGCACUGUUAACCCCCUUCUCUACAUGUUUGCAGCUCGCUCCUUCCGGAGCUCCCUGCGGGACACCGGCAUCCAGAAGCUCUUCCGCCAUAUCUCCAGCACCUCCCCAGGUGAGGGCAACAGAGAGUUGACCUUUGUGUCCAAGAGACAGAGCAAUCAGACCAACAGUUCUCAGUGUGUUACUGAAUCAAAAGACCAAAUGGACAUAUUAAUAAAAAUGUGUGAAAAUAACCCAUCCUAAUACUGAAAAUCAAUUGUGUUUGCAUGUAUAUAUACAGUAUAUUCUUGUGUAAAUUGUAUGUAUUUUUGGUUUUAUUGAGAAUAUUAUUUUGUAUCAAAUUACAACACAGAUGAAUGUGAUGUCAGAGUUUAUCUGUGAGGUAUUUGUUCAAGUCUGUAAAAUGUGUUUUUUUAAAGAUGAUAAUACAUAAUCUAUUUAUAAAUAUAUCUACUUUACUCUUACUUUACAACAUAUAGUGUUGAUAAGUUGUACAACAAAUAAUAACAUGCACAAGACAUGUCUCCAUGAAAGGUUUUUGUAAAAAUACAGUUGAUGCCAAAAAAGAGAAUUUGGAUAUAUUUGGUUAUUGACUGUUCUCUAGAUCAAGUGUGGGUAUGUAUUAUUAGAGAGAGCACAGUAUGUCGAACCUACUAUUUAGAUUUAGUGGUAUAUAUGAUCUAUACUUUCGUGUCAUUGUCUGUCAUGAUGGAAAUGAGACUGUUUCAAUCUUGCUGUUGAUUGUGGAAUCAUUAAGUCAGCUAAAAAAACUAAAAAAAAUAUGUUCAACUCACAGAAUGCAUUUUUGUAUCUUUUAUAAAAUGUUUAAAAAAUACUACUGCUGUAAAAUGUUUUUCACCCAUGACA